AUGAUGCAGCGUGGAUGGUUUCUUGCUGCAGAGGAGGCAGUGGUGGCACUCAAUGAUGGACUCAGCAACCAGGCCUCAGGGGCAGUCCCCCCAGGCCCGAGAGGCAGUCCCCCCAGGCCCGAGGGGCAGUCCCCCCAGGCCCGAGGGGCAGUCCCCCCAGGCCUGAGAGGCAGUCCCGCCAGGCCCGAGAGGCAGUCCCCCCAGGCCCGAGAGGCAGUCCCGCCAGGCCCGAGAGGCAGUCCCCCCAGGCCCGAGAGGCAGUCCCGCCAGGCCCGAGAGGCAGUCCCCCCAGGCCCGAGAGGCAGUCCCGCCAGGCCCGAGAGGCAGUCCCCCCAGGCCCGAGGGGCAGUCCCCCCAGGCCCGAGGGGCAGUCCCCCCAGGCCCGAGAGGCAGUCCCGCCAGGCCCGAGAGGCAGUCCCCCCAGGCCCGAGAGGCAGUCCCCCCAGGCCCGAGGGGCAGUCCCCCCAGGCCCGAGAGGCAGUCCCCCCAGGCCCGAGAGGCAGUCCCGCCAGGCCCGAGAGGCAGUCCCCCCAGGCCCGAGAGGCAGUCCCGCCAGGCCCGAGAGGCAGUCCCCCCAGGCCCGAGGGGCAGUCCCCCCAGGCCCGAGAGGCAGUCCCGCCAGGCCCGAGAGGCAGUCCCCCCAGGUCCGAGAGGCAGUCCCGCCAGGCCCGAGAGGCAGUCCCCCCAGGCCCGAGGGGCAGUCCCCCCAGGCCCGAGAGGCAGUCCCGCCAGGCCCGAGGGGCAGUCCCCCCAGGCCCGAGGGGCAGUCCCGCCAGGCCCGAGGGGCAGUCCCCCCAGGCCCGAGAGGCAGUCCCCCCAGGCCCGAGAGGCAGUCCCCCCAGGCCCGAGGGGCAGUCCACCCAGGCCCGUGGGGCAGUCCCCCCUAGGCCCGAGAGGCAGUCCCCCCAGGCCCGAGAGGCAGUCCCCCCAGGCCCAAGAAGCAGUCCCCCCAGGCCCGAGGGGCAGUCCACCCAGGCCCGUGGGGCAGUCCCCCCAGGCCUGAGAGGCAGUCCCCCCAGGCCCGAGGGGCAGUCCCCCCAGGCCCGAGAGGCAGUCCCGCCAGGCCCGAGGGGCAGUCCCCCCAGGCCCGAGGGGCAGUCCCCCCAGGCCCGAGAGGCAGUCCCCCCAGGCCCGAGGGGCAGUCCCCCCAGGCCCGAGAGGCAGUCCCGCCAGGCCCGAGAGGCAGUCCCCCCAGGCCUGAGAGGCAUUCUACCCAGCAUGCUCUAA